AUGGCCUCCGAAAAGCGCCAGGACGGCGCACAGCUUGAAGGUGACAUCACCUUCAUUGCGACCCCUGCCGCGAAGCCCUCCACGUUCAACACCGGCGAGGAUUGCGGUGUCCAGACCACAAACUACCCCACCAUCAACAACCCUCCUCUUCCUGCCGAGGGCCCCGGCAACGAAUCCUUCUCCAACUGGAUCCUCGGAGCUGUCCUCGCUGGUGUCCCCCUCUGGUUCACCCGCCUCUUCGGUGGUGGUCUCAAGACCUUCAUCUUCUUCUUCAUCCUCUUCGUCGUCCCUCUCUUGAUCGCCUUCUGGACCAUCUCCUCAAGGUUCUCCCCCCGCACCAACGACAAGGCCAAGCUCCCCGGCCGCCCCGUCGAGCACUACCUCACCUUCAAGAACGAGGAGGACCGCAAGCAGUACAGCGGCCGCAACAAGAUCCCCAUCCAGACUUUCGCUGAGCUCUACACCGAGGGUCUCGUCGACAUCAACGGCGACCUCCUCGACGCGCUUGAGUACCGCCACGACUGGUCCAACUUCGCCUUCACCUACUCCCUGUUCCGCUUCAUCUUCCUCGAGUUCGCCCCCGACGUGCUCUUCCACUCCCGCCAGCAGGAUGAGGACCAGAUCCGCCCCACCUACGACAAGGGUAAUGACCACUACUCGUACUUCCUCGGCCCCCGCAUGGUCUACACCAGCGGUCUCUUCUCCGACCUCAGCCGCGAGGAGACUCUUGAGGAGAUGCAGGACAACAAGAUGGCCGUCGUUUGCGAGAAGCUCGCUCUGAAGGAGGGCGAGACCCUCCUGGAUAUCGGCUGCGGAUGGGGCACCCUUGCCAAGUUCGCCAGUGUCAACUACGGCGCCAAGGUCACCGGAGCUACCAUUGCCAAGAACCAGGCCGCCUGGGGCAACGACGGCCUCCGCCGCGCCGGCAUCCCCGAGACCCAGAGCCAGAUCCUGUGCAUGGACUACCGCGACAUCCCCACCAAGAAGUUCAACAAGAUCUCCCAGCUCGAAAUGGGCGAGCACGUUGGUAUCCGCAGACUCACCACCUUCUUCCGCCAGUGCUACGACAUGCUCGAGGACGACGGCGCCAUGUACGUCCAGCUCUCCGGUCUGCGCAAGGCCUGGCAAUACGAGGACUUUAUCUGGGGUCUCUACCUGAACAAGCACAUCUUCCCCGGCGCCGACGCCUCCACCCCGCUCGCCAACUAUGUCGGCUGCCUCGAGAGCGCCGGCUGGGAGAUCAAGAGCGUCGACACCGUCGGCGUCCACUACUCGGGCACCCUCUGGCGCUGGUACCGCAACUGGCUCGGCAACGCCGAGACCGUCCACGCAAAGUACGGCCAGAAGUGGUACCGCAUCUGGGAGCUCUUCCUCGCCUGGUCCGUCAUCGCCUCCCGCCAGGGCAGCGCCACCUGUUUCCAGAUGGUCGUCGUCAAGAACCUCAACGCCACCCACCGCAUCGACGGCUUCUCCUCCCAGUUUGGCCUGUCUGGCGCCCUCGCCGCGGCCAAGGCUGCCGGCAAGUCCGUCUUCCCCCGGUCGACUUAG